AUGCUCCAUACAAUAAAUUCAUUUCUUCUUCCUCUUCUCCUGAUUCUUUCAUCGUUUGAAUCCGUCGAAUCAUCUGCGUCAACGGAUACAAAAAAUGUGAAGAAUGGAGGGGCGAAACCGCCGAAUCUGAAACUUCUGGAAUGUUUUGAAUUCAAGAAAAACUAUUGGAUUGUCGGACACGCUUUUCAUACAUCAUCUGUUCAGUUCAAAGACGAAUGUCUCCGUAUGUGCCUUACCUCAUCAAUCCGCAAAGCAAAGUGCCUAUCAGCAAUGCAUGUUCCAAACGAUGACGAAUGUGUGAUUUCAGAUCAAAAUCAGGUCACCAAACCCGAUCUCUUCAUUGAAAAUGACACUCCUGGAUCGUUUACUGUCAACUUUUUCCGCAAUAUUUGUGUGGAUCCUCCAGAUUCCGAAGGAGCCAACAGAUUCGAGGCACGUCUUCAGGGAUAUAAAGGCGGAGAAGGAAUAAUUGAAUUGGCACAAACGUCAGGGAGAAACACUCAAGUGAUGGUGGUAAUUUCGGGACUCAAAGAGAACUCGGUAAGAUUGGAUUCCAGUGCUCAAACACUUAAAAAUACUAAUCAGCUCUACGAAGUUGCUCUUUUGCCUGGAAGAUCAGAUGAAAAGGGAGGAAAGUGCCAUAAAAAAGCCAGAGUGGAUGGAGAAGAAAAAACGAUAAUGACAUUGGAAACAGAUCACACUGGGAUGGCGGUUGAACCAUGGCGCAAUAUGGAUUUAGAUAUUUUUGAAGAGAAUGUGAUUGGAUUGACUGCCAUUGUCGUAGAAAACUCAUCGCGAACAAUCGUCGACUGUGGACCAAUUCGUCUUGCCUCCUCAUCAUCAUCUAACUCAUCUUCCACUCAAGUUUCUUCAUCUGAAAAAUCUGAAAUUCUCUUCUUUUCCACGGGUCUCUCACUCAUUCUUUCUGUCUUUCUGUUCAUGUAG